CAUGGAUUUUAAUGUGCAUAAAAUAUGUAGAGUGUGUCUGGAGGAAGGGGCGCCAAGCCCACUAACAUCCAUUUAUAGCACAGACUUUGCAAUGAUGCCCUCACAAAUGUUAAUGAUGUGCUCUAAGAUUCGCGUUUAUAAAACGGACGGCCUUCCCGCGGGCAUUUGUAAUAACUGUCUGUACCGGCUAGGAGUAGCUUAUCAUUUUCAGCAGGAGUGUGAGAACAGCGACUUACGCCUGCGUCAAUAUUUGGGACUACAUGAAUCCUUUCGCCACGAUGCAGCGACGAACACCGAAAGUGAGAUUAAACCAAUGCCUGCGAAUGUGCAACUGAAUUCCAGUGAUGAGGAGGAUGGCCAAGCGGAUAUAAAGCGCAGCAAACGACGCUCACGAUACCAACGGAAACCGCCCGAGAGCCACAAAAAGCGUGGACCUAAGCCAGUGGCCAAACUGCCACACACCUGCUACGUGGCUACCUGCCAAAAGAGCUUCAAGUGUGCUGCACAGCUCACUCAACAUAUUCGUACACAUACCGGCGAGAAGCCAUAUGCCUGCAGCUAUUGUGCCCAGCGCUUUGCCCAGAAAUACAAUCUCAAAGUUCACGAGCGAACGCACACGGGGAACAAACCAUUUCAGUGUGAGAUCUGUUCAAAACAAUUCUCAGCGCUGGGCAACUUUCAGGCGCAUCAGAAGAUCCACAGCGGCGUGCGGGAUCAAAUCUGCUCGCUGUGCCAGAAAGCCUUCUACACUGCCGGCGAUCUGUCGAAGCACAUGAUCACCCACACGGGCAUUAAAAAUCAUCAUUGCGACGUAUGCGGCAAGUCCUUCAGCAGACGUCGCGACAUGCGCGCUCACAAGGUCAAGUUGCAUCCGCUCGAAUCGAGCACCGAACAUGAUAUUGUAGACGACGAUGAUGAUGAGCCCAUCGAUACGGAUCCCGUGGGCUUGGAUACCUUGGAGCAUUCGCAUUUCAAAUGUCCCGAUUGUGAUAAAGCUUACGAUUCGGCUGAUAGCUUAAGUCUGCAUUUCCGCACGCAUGCGGUGAAUAAUAAUUUAUUGAAUCUACCUUUGCCCGCACCGCCGCCCAUGUCACAUCACUACCACCACCAUCACCCCGCUGGCGCACCCCCAUCUACUGCUGCAAUGCAUCAUCACGAUGCACUACAACUGCAUCAUUUGGCGCCACCGAAUGCAGCCACCCAAAUGGGCAUGGCGGCCAUGGCCCAUAUGUUGGCACCGCCACCACCGCCUCCACCCACACCCAGCGAUGGGCGUUACACAAUGUUGCACCAUACGGCGGCACAGCGACUGCACUACUAAAAAUU